AUGUCAGUGGUCAGCGCGUUGCCGUUCAUGAGGCCGCUCCACAUGCCCUCUCCCGGGCCGCGGGGCCGACGACACACGCUGCCGGCCAGCGAGUUCCGCUCCCUCAGCCCGGAGGAUGCGAUCAGCGUGUUCGAGAUAGAGAGAGAAGCCUUCAUCUCAGUGUCCGGUGAGUGCCCCCUCCACCUGGAUGAGGUGCGUCACUUCCUCACCCUGUGUCCAGAGCUGUCUCUUGGCUGGUUCGAGGAGGGACGCCUGGUGGCUUUUGUCAUCGGCUCUCAGUGGGACCAGGAGAGGCUUACUGUGGAGGCCCUGACUCUUCACAAGCCUCACGGCCCCACCGUGCACAUCCACGUCCUGGCCGUGCACCGGACCUUCCGUCAGCAGGGAAAAGGCUCCAUCCUGAUGUGGCGCUACCUGCAGUACCUCAGGUGCCUGCCCUACGUCCGCCGUGCUGUGCUCAUGUGCGAGGACUUCCUGGUUCCCUUCUACCAGAAGUCGGGUUUCAAGGUGCAGGGCCCCAGUAAGAUCACAGUGGGGCCCCUCACGUUCAUCGAGAUGUUGUACCCGGUCAGGGGCCACGCCUUCAUGCGACGUAACAGCGGUGUUUGA